UUUCUUUGUGUACAGUGCCAGAUCUCGCUACUCUCACAAUCAUCGAAUCUCCAAUUUUUCUUUCUUUCUUUCUUUCUUCUAUUCGUCGUUUUUUCUAUCUGUUCGGUGCUUUUUAACCCACCCCUUCUUUUAUUUUAUUUACAUAAUAUAAUUCUUGAGCGUUUCUAUUUUCUUUUUCUUUUCCUCUGAAAAUUGGUGCUAAUUGGGCUUUCAGUCGGAGAAGAAAGAGACAAGAGAAGAAAGAGACAGAAGUGUGAAUUCGAUCUUUAAGGUUUUCCUUGUGGGUGAUGAGAAUUGGGGGAGAAGAAGAAUGAACGAUGCCGGUACUGCGUAGCGGAGCACGCAGGGGACGGGCAGCAGCACAGAAGCAACAGCAGCAACAACUGCCGAAUCCGAUCGAGGCGGGGGAAGCGAUUGCGACGAGGACUAGGCGGCGGCGGAGGGCGGCAGAAGAGGCGGCCGCAGCAGCAGCUUCGCCAUUGGAAAAAGAUAACAACGACGAAGGCGACAACAGGAAUAAGAAACCGCGGGCGCAGGGGGUCAAUGAGAAGUUAGCUGUCGCGGCGGCUGGGGAAGCGGCAGUUAGAGAAGAGGAGAAGAAUACUAAGAAUAGGAUUUUAGAGGAAGAGAAGAAAGAGGAAGUCGGGGAAAAGCCGAUGGAUGAAUUCAACAGCGGAGGAGGGCGGGGAAAAGAUAAGGGUAAUGCUGGUGAGGAUGAAGGCAGCACCGCGCCGCUUCCUGAAAAGGUUCAGGUUGGAGGUUCCCCAUGGUAUAGAAUUGAGAGGAAGUUGGGCAAGGGUGGCUUUGGACAGGUCUGUGUCGGUCGGCGUGUUUCAGCCACAAAUACAAAUGAUAGAAAUGGUUCUGGGGCUCUAGAGGUUGCCUUGAAAUUUGAGCAUAGAAGUAGCAAAGGAUGUAACUAUGGACCACCGUAUGAGUGGCAAGUUUACAACACUCUUGGUGGCAGUCAUGGUAUACCUCGAGUUCACUAUAAGGGUCGUCAAGGUGACUAUUACGUUAUGGUUAUGGAUAUGCUGGGUCCAAGUCUGUGGGAUGUUUGGAAUAAUAACUCUCAUACGAUGUCCAUAGAAAUGGUUGCUUGCAUUGCUAUUGAAGCGAUAUCAAUAUUGGAGAAAAUGCACUCUAGAGGCUAUGUGCAUGGAGAUGUAAAGCCUGAGAAUUUUCUUCUAGGUCCUACAGGAACUCCUGAUGAAAAGAAAUUAUUUCUUGUUGAUCUUGGAUUAGCAACCAGGUGGCGAGAUAGCUCAACUGGUUUGCAUGUUGAAUAUGAUCAGAGGCCGGAUGUUUUUAGGGGAACAGUCCGUUAUGCUAGUGUGCAUGCUCAUUUAGGGAGAACGUGUAGCAGGAGAGAUGAUCUAGAAUCUCUUGCAUAUACACUUAUUUUCCUUCUUCGAGGUCGUUUGCCUUGGCAAGGAUACCAGGGAGAGAAUAAAGGCUUCCUUGUAUGCAAGAAGAAGAUGUCAACAUCUCCAGAAGCCUUGUGUUGCUUCUGUCCGGCGCCUUUUAAACAGUUUGUUGAACAUGUGGUCAACUUGAAGUUUGAUGAAGAACCUAAUUAUGCCAAAUAUAUCUCUCUCUUUGAUGGUAUUGUUGGUCCAAAUCCGGAUAUCCGUCCAAUUAACACAGAAGGUGCACUGGAGCUUAUCUAUCAAGUUGGUCAAAAGAGAGGCCGGUUGUCUAUGGAUGAGGAGGAAGAUGAACAACCAAAGAAGAAGCUUCGUUUGGGCAUGCCAGCGACGCAAUGGAUUAGUGUUUACAAUGCUCGUAGGCCAAUGAAGCAAAGGUAUCACUAUAAUGUGGCAGAUGGAAGGCUUGCACAGCAUAUUGAAAAAGGAAAUGAGGAUGGCUUAUUUGUCAGCAGUGUAGCUUCCUGUCAAAAUCUAUGGGCCCUUAUAAUGGAUGCUGGGACUGGUUUCUCUGCACAAGUGUAUGAACUCUCACCAUAUUUCCUUCAUAAGGAAUGGAUAAUGGAGCAGUGGGAGAAGAACUAUUAUAUCAGUGCAAUAGCAGGGGCUACAAAUGGGGGCUCCUUAGUAGUAAUGUCAAAAGGUACUUCGUAUUUGCAGCAGUCAUAUAAAGUGAGUGAGUCCUUUCCUUUCAAGUGGAUUAACAAAAAAUGGAGAGAGGGUUUCCAUGUCACUUCAAUGGCCACUUCUGGUAGCAGAUGGGGGGUAGUAAUGUCCCGCGGUGCUGGAUUUUCUGACCAGGUUGUUGAACUGGACUUCCUUUAUCCUAGUGAAGGAAUCCAUCGACGGUGGGAUAGUGGGUAUCGUAUAACAGCUACAGCAGCAACUUGGGAUCAGGCUGCUUUUGUUCUUAGCGUGCCAAGGAGGAGGCCCGCUGAUGAAACACAGGAAACUCUGAGAACUUCAGCAUUUCCUAGCACGCAUGUAAAGGAGAAGUGGGCAAAAAAUCUAUACAUAGCUUCUGUCUGUUAUGGGCGAACAGUUUCAUGAGGUUUCUCAAAUCUUUGGUCAGGGUCUCCACUCACCCUGGAGACAUUGCUCUGUUGUCCAUAUGAUAAAAAGCUGGAACUGUCGGCCCUUGGAAUUUGCUCUCUUUAGGCUUAGAGAAAUUUUGACCAGUACAGGCUUUUUCAUCUUUUUCUGAUUUAUUUAUUGUAACUAAAAUAUAGAAGGUACUAGAUGAACUUUGGUGUUGCGCCCCUCCAUUCUAUUGUAUGGAAUGGUCUUCAAUUGAUGUCCCCCAAAAAGCCCAAAAUGACGGGGCCUUAUUAACUAUGUAUAGUCUCUUGAUUAAUAAGUACAACUUGGUUUAGGGCAGGUUCUAAUGACAAGCUUCUCAUAAUUAUUUGGUUU